AUGUCGACUCGUUCCUCCAAAAAGGUGGUCUCGGACUCCCCGGCCUCUUCACCUCCUCCGACCGGCUCCUCGUCCGCCUCCCAAAACGGCUCCACCACAGGCACGCGUCGCCGCUCAUCCUCCUUGCAAAAGGGCGCCGCUGUUCUUCGAGCUCUGUCAAGAGCAGAGUCGGACUUUGACCGCGACAUGCUCGAACAAAGUUCGGCGUUGCAGACGGAGGAUGACGCAAAGUCAUCCGCCAUCUCUGCAAACGGCAAUGAUGGCAGCGAGCUGCGUCGCCGGCCUCAAGCGGUCCAACGCGCUUCCAGCUCCAAAUCGACGAGCAACGGCCACGUCGCAUCAGCUGAGAGCAAGAGCUGGGAAAUCCCACGCAAGGUCUUCCACAGCUCUAUGGGCCUUCUCGUCCUGCAGCUCUACUUCUCCAAGCAGGACUACACCACCGUCGCCAGAAACCUCUCGAUCUUCCUCGGCAUCGUCGUCACUGCCGACGUCAUCCGCCUAAACAACCCGGCCUUCGAGCGUUUCUACGAGCGCGUGCUCGGCUUCCUCAUGCGCGAGUCCGAAAAGGACAAGGUCAACGGUGUCGUGUGGUAUCUCAUUGGCGUCAUCUCGUCGCUGCACUUCUUCCCGGAGGACAUUGCUUGCGUCUCGGUGAUGAUCCUCUCGUGGUGCGACACGUCCGCUUCCCUAUUCGGAAGGCUCUUCGGCAAAUACACGCCUCCUCUUCCCCACCCGCCCUUCGCUCGCCGCAAGUCCACCGCCGGCUUCCUCGCUGCUGUUGUUACCGGUGCGCUCACCGCGUACCUCUUCUGGUGCACUCCCAUUGCCAUGAGCAACGUCCGCCCCCGAGGCAUCUCGUGGUCGGGACAGGAUUCUCGUCAUCCCGCCAUCUUUGGCACCAACCGUGUCGCCGGCGCUUAUGGCACCGGAUGGGAAGGCUUCUCCGUCGGCUUCCGCGGUCAGAGCCAUUGGGGCCUUCUGCCGGGAGUCGAUCGUCUCUCUGCCAUCUUCCUCGGCGGCAAAACGGCAGCCGACCGCGCGUUGGGGGCUGAUACCCUGCCCAAUCCUCACAAAGACGUGCCAGGCAUGCCGUGGUGGAUGCUCUGCCUCGGAUCCGGCCUCGUCGCGGGUGUCGCCGAGGGACUCGAGAUCGGAGGCAUGGAUGACAACCUCACUCUCCCCAUUCUGGCUGGUUUGGGCCUGUGGGCCAUGUUCUGGGGCUGGGGUCGAUUGGGUGUUGUUCUGCUGCAUGGAGGCGACGGUGGACGAUAG